ACGAAGGAAGUUAGUUAACGCCGCUCGCACGCUCCGCUAGCAGCUCAAAUGUGGACGACGUGAGAGCUCAGUGGCGUUCGGCGUUUUGGAAAAGGCCCCAAAAGAACGCUAAUGUCUGCAACUUUAUUCGUAUUUGCGCUCCGCCGAAGUGUUCAAGCGUGACAUGCCAUUGCCAAGUGUUGAGCCGUCGAAAAUGGACACCUUGUUGGUGCCCAGCUAUGGCAACUCAAAAGUCCAUCCUUUUCUAAUUAAGAAUUUGGUCGGCGUCCGGAUUCUAAAAUAUUUGUACUAUUUCUUCGUUUUAUUGCUGCUGAUGUUAUUUUCAUUACUGUCUCGUUUAUCCAGACAAUUAGUUUAGUGAUGGACACUUUCAAGCCAAGCAGGAAGGCUAAAAGGUCACUUUAAUAGGUACACUUUAAAGCAGCUCAAGCAACACGUCGAAACCUUAUGCAACCUUAUAUGCACUUUAUAUUUUUCUCAAGUUCCUCCUCUCACGUUUGCAAGUAAUAUGUAUCUGUAGAAUUACGAAAUCCGAUUUUGUAUCCAAAGCAUUGGUCUUGAAUGCUAAUGACUGACGGUUGAAAUCCUUCCUGUUCAAGUUGUUCGCUGCUGUGACUUCAAGUCUUUAAGUCUCCACUUCCGGCGUGCCCUAAACUCAGUCAGUUCGUCUAGGACAGGGGUCUCAAACUCCAGUCAUUCAGUGACAGUUAUCAAGUCAGAUGGAAUGCACAAUUGGUGAUUAGUUCGAAAAUCUUUUCAGAAAGCGGUGCUAAGCUUAAAUUCCAAGAAUCUGGACACACAUUCAAUUAAAAAAAAAAGUAUUCUGACAAUUACUUGAUGAUCAAAGAUAAGAUCUGAUUGAUUCGUUUUCUAAUGUAAUUGUAAUGUUUUUUAUUGUUAUCGUGUCGUUCGUUUCCCGGUUGUGGAGACCUUGAGCCAAGCAGGAAGCAGCGGUGUGGGUCCUUUAUUAGGAACGACCUGACCUCAGCAAAGUUUGCUGUUGUGUUGCACUUCCUGGCCAGCCUCCGCUGAGACCGUGCAGUGCCCGUCCCGCCGACUGCCGCCACCCACCGAGUAGGGCGUCAAGCAUGUAUUGCCUGCAGUGGCUGCUGCCGGUGCUGCUGAUCCCCAAGCCGCUCAACCCGGCGCUGUGGUUCAACCACUCCAUGUUCAUGGGCUUCUACCUGCUCAGCUUCUUGCUGGAGAGGAAGCCUUGCACCAUCUGUGCCUUGGUCUUCCUCACCGCCCUCUUCCUCAUCUGCUACAGCUGCUGGGGCAACUGCUUCCUCUACCACUGCCAGGACGCCGCCCUGCCGCACGCCGCACACGACCCGGCCAUCGUGGGCGCCUAGAGGCCCCUCGCCAUUGCUGCCGCCAUGCUGGACACAAGACCAACUUUGAUGUAAAGACUUGAAAACGGAGACAAUGGGAGAUAUUUUGUUUGCCCAGGCCGGGUUUUGCGUGCGCAGACACAAUCUUCCACACACCGGACAAUCAAUGUUGCCGACCACUCCUUUUCCUCUGGCUAAAUGCACACAACCAUGUUCUUUGAAAUUAUUGUCAGUAUUUUCAGCACAUGCAAAAGAAACAACACACACACAAAGUUGGAUGGCAACUUUUUUUUUUUUUUUUAUCCUGUUUCAUCACAAUGUUGUUUUUGGUUUUUAAGUGGAAUAAAAUAUUUAGUUUUUCCUCCAA